AAUUUUCGUCAGUUCUCGUUAGUCCUCGGUUUGGAAUAGUGUUUUUAUCUAGUGGUGUAUCAGGAUCAAUUGCAGAGUAAUAAUAAUUCGUGAAUCAUUCUUAUUCAACAUCUAGUAAGCACCUGAAGCUAGCAAUAGCAAACAAUACUUUUGCGUUUUAUCUGUUAAAAAGGGCUUGAUUGUGUCGGCGUUUGCAGCUUCGUGCUGUCAAGUUUUUAAACCGGUCGAAAAAGAAUUUCAAGGAUACCGUAUAGUAUAGUAGUGAAGCCAAGUAUUGACGCCUUCAGGUUAUAAACCGGCGUGGUUAUUCAGUGCAGAAGUAUUCAGUAAAAAGUGUUACGCAAAACAAGUGCUUGAAGCUUUAUUUUCGUGGAAAUAGUUUGAGUACCGCAUCCCGAGGGUGUUAAUCAAAAUUGCUCACCUAUUGCAAAACAACAGCGGCCAGUGGAAGGUUACCACCAUGUCCAGCAACAUCCAGAUAACUGCCGAUGACCAGCCCUCGACCGGCAUUACGACGCCAUCGAAACCGGUCACCAGCAUCCCUUCGAGCCCGUCCCACUUGCAGCUACCCUCGCCGAUCAUAACGCGCCGAACCAGAACGGCUUCCACAUCGGAUCGUGCAAUGCGCAACCCCAUCGAGGAAGGAAAAGUAAAGUCUUUCAAUAGAAACAAAGGACAUGGCUUCAUUGUACCAGCGUCCGGAGGCGACGACAUUUUCGUGCACAUUUCAGAUGUCGAGGGUGAAUACGUGCCACUGCCAGGCGAUGAGGUCAGUUAUCGCGUUUGCUUCAUUCCGCCCAAGUUCGAGAAGGUGCAAGCAAUCCACGUCCAGAUCACGCACCUAACGCCCGAGAAGCACUCCAAGUGGGAGGAAUCAGUUAAGUCGCCAGACGGUUCCCGGCUACACUAGGAUUCGGCCCGAUGCUCGCGCGUCCUGCUGCGAUCGUCUUCUGCUACUAGGGAUUAGGAAUUCCGGCCAAGAGAAUGAUACUUUUGAGGCACUUUACUGUUAGAUCGCUCGAGUUGCUCGUUUCUAUCAACUGUUUUCUGAACGUUCGUUUAUUUUUUCAUGUUUCUCUUAAGAAGAGCUUUUUGUUCUGCUCAACAAGCGGCAUGUCUGGCGCAAAAAAAAUCUUGAAUUAUUGCCUGCAUGUCAAAACCAGAUCAAAAAAGGGGUAUAAUGUGUUUUCUUGGUCCAAAUAAAAAAAAUCAUUUAGGCAA